GGAAAAGGAAAGAGCAUUCUCACAACAAAAACAGCUGGUGAAAAGAUAGAAAGAUAUAUAUAUACAGAGAGAGAGAGAAAGAUGGAAUCAUUUAAGGCCUUAAAACUGAAAUGUUUAAAAUCACACAGGAUGUUCAAUGACCCUGAUUUCCCCGCAGAUUCCCGAUCUUUGUAUUUCGAAGCCAAGAGUAAUCCAGGCAUACAGUGGAAACGACCUAAGGACAUUUCUGUCAACGCCAAGUUUCUUGUUGACGGCGCCACGUAUUAUGACAUGCAGCAGAAUGGACUGGGUGACUGUUGGUUCGUUGCUGCUGCAGUUACCCUAGCAGCAUCCCCUAAUAAUAGGGAACUCUUUGAGAGAGUUGUUCCCCUUGAACAAAGCUUCGACCACAAUUAUGUGGGUAUCUUCCGAUUUCACUUUUGGCAAUAUGGCGAGUGGAAGGAGGUGGUGGUUGACGACCGACUGCCCACGCGCCAUGGUCAACUCAUCUACGCUGCAAACCGGAAAGAGACGAACGAGUUCUGGUGUCCUCUCUUGGAGAAGGCGUAUGCAAAACUCAAUGGCUGUUAUGAAGCUAUCGAAGGAGGACGAAUACACCACGCCCUUGUCGACAUGACGGGCGGGAUCUCCGAGCUCAUUGUAUUGAAAGAAGGAAUAUCAUUGGACGAACUCCAAACGACGCUGUUGUCCAAGAAGAAGAUGAACACGUUGAUGGGAGGAGGUAUUCAUAAGAAACCCGGAUCAAGAUAUCGUGAAGCUCGACGGCCGAACGGACUGAUCGAAGGUCACGCCUACAGCAUUGUCGACAUCAGAGAGAUUAAUCAAGGACGAAAACGUAUACUGCUGUUACGCCUAAGAAACCCGUGGGGUAGAGGUGAAUGGAACGGACCAUGGAGUGAUAGGUCACCAGAAUGGAGUCUCGUCCGUCGCUCGGAUAUGAUGGCAAGAGUCAUAGACGAUGGAGAAUUUUGGAUUUCCUUGGAAGAUUUUCAAGAACAGUUUGACGAGUUGGAAAUGUGUCACUUGUACCCGGAUGCGUUAUCCUCCGAGAUUGCAAGUGUAGAGAAAAAGAAACAGUGGUCAGUCCAGGAAUUCCACGGUUCUUGGAUUUGGGGCGUGACGUCAGGAGGUCCCUUUAAAAGUUUCACAUCAAGUUCAUUUUGGAUGAAUCCUCAGUACGAAGUACACCUCGAUAAGGCGGACAGGCGAAUCAGUGUGAUUGUUAACCUGAUGGAAGUGUCUGACAGGCGAGUUCGAAAUGAAUUUGACGUUUUCAUUGGCUUCGUCAUCUUCAAGCUUCAGGAAGGUCGGGGACCGGUCCGUCUCACAGGCGACAAUUUCUACGACUUUAUGCCCAGGGUAGAGAAAACGUCUGGAAACUUUUGGCCCUACAGAGAGAGGACGAUGCGAUUUGAACUGGACCCCGGCAUCUACAUCAUAGUACCGUGCACCUCCGAGGCUUCCAUGGAAGCAGAGUUCUACCUUAGAGUGAUGGCUGAAGAACCACCAAGAGUACAGCACGUGAACCCUGUCCGACCUACUUCACGUGCUACAGGUGCAACACGCAGCUACAGAUGGUGAUCGUCUACAAAUUCCGGAUUUUAGUGCUACCCCAAAAACUGCUUCUGUCUUUAAUCUUUGAGGAAAAGCACAAGAUCCAGCUUACAAUUUAUAUUGCCUAGUAUCUAGUGUUUUUUCAACAGUGCUUAUGGUAGCUGUAUAGCUGUAGGUCCCUUUACACCACAUCAGUUCCCAUUGCUAAUAACAUUAACAUUUUCUAAUAAAACAGACAUUUAUAUGGCCUGGAUCCAAAGUACGAAAUGUGCCUAACUUUAAAGAGCGUAGUAAAUAUGGUCACGCCUGUCAUUGGUGAGAUCUGUGAAACAACCUGUUGUCAUAAGUGGGGUUUUUUUUUUUUUUUUUUUGUGGCCAGUAAAUAUAUUCAUUAUAUUAAUUUAAUAUUGGUAUCAGUGUACGUGUCAGGUACUAUUAUUCUUUAUUAAAACUUUGAGCGAUAAUUAUCAGUUAUAACUGGUUCAUCAGCUAUAAACACAAAUAACAUGCUGGACAACGAAUAAAAGGUGUAAACUAAAAA